GGAUGGUAAAAGAGUCAAUACGCUCCCACUCAUCAAUGCCAAAAACAAAUUCUUCCGUGUAUGUGAAUUCUGGGAUCUGAGUUCGGAUUGAAUCAUGUUUCUCUGCUGACUUCUGCGCUGAGUGCACCUGUUUGACUUGUGUUCUGAUUGGAUUUUGAGUUCUUAUCAGUUAAUUGCUGCAAUCACAAUGCCGCCGCAGUUGCCAAAUGAGCAGCAGAGGCAACAACAACAAGAAUGAGAAUAAUUAAUAACAAGCGUAAACAACAAUUUAGCCGGCACAGUUUUUCCCUUGAAAAGCCAACAAACCGCAUCGCUCCAGUCUGGCGACACUCUCUAUAAAAACUGAACGCCGUUGGCAAACAGGGCAUCAAUCCAGUGCAGCAGCUCCAGCGCUAAACUACAAUCGAGUCCAGUCGCGUUCCUUGUGUAAACAGCAUGAACAAAUUUAUGUUUUUGGCCUGCUUGGCAGUGCUCGGCUGCAGUCGCUGGGCAGCGGCGCGUCCUGAUCUCAGCCGUCAGGCCUACCGCUACGAGAUUGGCCAGAACGACAACAUCGUGUCCCCGCCGGUGAUCUCAACCACCUCGUAUCAGCCAACGGCAUCGGGCAACACCUACUACAACAAUGUGCCCACUGUGGGUCAGCUGACGGUUGUGGGCAGCUCUGGCUUUGUGCCCUCCACCCAGGUGGGCGGCGGUCAGUACAGUGGCAGCAACACCUACACCACCACCGGCGGCGGCGGCGGCGGUGGCGGUGGAAGCAGCAGCAUCAGCACCUCCUUCUCGAGCGGCGGCGGCGACGGCGUCGGCGUUGUGAAUGAUCAUAUUGGUCUAGCUGGCAUCCAUCCGGGUCCCACUGUCAACUAUAAGGAACAGGAGGCGUACAUCAGCCAUUUGGCCAACUUCCAGCCACCGAUCAUUAGCAAACACUUCUAUCUGCACACCGCACCCGAGGAUCACGAUGACCAGCAGAUUGUGCGCUAUGUGAAUGUUGGCAGGCCACAAAAGAACUAUCGCGUGGUGUUCAUCAAUGCGCCCGCAUCCACGACCAGCAAGGCCAAGAUCAUUGCCAACGUGGCUCCAGUUGAGGACAAGACCGCCAUCUAUGUGCUGUCCAAGAAAUCGAACGCCCUCGAUGUCAGCGCCGAGGUGGUCACACAGCGUCCAGCCAACCACAAGCCCGAGGUUUACUUCAUCAAGUACAAGACACCCGCGGAGGCGGCACAUGCCCAGCAGACCAUCCAGGCCAACUAUGACGCUUUGGGCGGCAGCUCGCAGCUCAGCGAUGAAGGCAUUGUGCCCGUCUCAUCGGUCAUCAACGCCCUGGGCGACAAUGGUGCCUCUGGUGUUCUGGCCGAUGGCUCCGGUGGCGUCAACAUUGUUGGCACUGGCGGUGCUCCAAUCGUCGAGACCACUGUCAACGGCGGCAGCGACAGCUCCGGCAUCAAUCUCCAGUACGACGUGAACGGCGGCAGCAGCAGCAGCAACAGCCAGACAACGACGCAAGUGGACAGUGGCAGCCUUAUUGGCAACAAUGUCAUUCAGACCUCCUAUCUGCCCUCCAAGCCCAUCAGAUCGGUCAAGUACUAAGCAUGCAAUCUCCUCAUUUGCAUUCUUC